UCUAGGUGGACUUCCGAUGGUCAGUGUACUGGAUCCCGACAUUGCCAGAGAGAUCCUGAUCAGGGAUUUCCAGCAUUUCACGGACAGAGUAAUAUUGGACCUGAGCAACUACCCAGUGAACAAAAGUGUUCUCCUUGAGAAAGGCGCCAACUGGAAACGAAUCAGGAAUAUUAUAAGCCCGACAUUCAGUGCCUCCAAACUUCGCCUGAUGUGCGACAGAAUAAACCAAUGCGCCGAUAAACUUACAACCAACUUUGUUAAAGCAGCGGAAUCGAACGAGAGGAUUGAUGUCAAAGGAUACUUUGGUGCAUUCACAAUGGACGCCAUAGCAAGCACAGCGUUUGGGAUCGAAGUGGAUUCCCAAAGUGACUUCAAAAAUGCUUUUGUUGAGGAGGCAAAGAAGUUCUUUGGGCAAGGAAUCUUAAACCCUGUUAUGAUGAUUAUUAUGAUUUUCCCCGCACUCACUCCCUUCUUCAGAGCUUUAGGUGUGAGCGGUUUUUCAAAGAGCACUCUAAAGUUCUUCACGAAGGUACUGAAUGAAAUGAUUGAACAACGCAAGACUGAUUUAAGGAACGGAAAGAUGAAACGACAAGACUUCUUCCAACUUCUGAUGGACGCAGAGGAUGAUGGGACUGAUGAAAACCCCAGUCCGAGUGGAUCUCAAAGCAAAAAAAUGACCAACGACGAAAUACUUGGACAGGCUUUGAUAUUCUUCAUUGCUGGAUACGAAACUACGGCAAACACCCUCCAUUUUGUUGCCUACUCUCUGGCUAGGAACCCGGAUGUACAACAGCGGCUCACUGAAGAAGUCGACUCGGUUUUGGGAGACAAAACUCCAGACUAUGAUAAUAUUGGCGGCCUGAAAUACAUGGAUCACGUGAUCAUGGAGACUCUCAGACUGUAUCCUGCUGUAACCGCAGCAACCCGCGAGACCGUCACCAUCAAGGGUUACACAUUCCCCAAGGGCUGUGCAGUCGUCGUCCCUGCUUUGGGGAUACACAGGGAUCCUGACAUAUACCCUGACCCCCACAGCUUUAAACCUGACAGAUGGGACCGGAAGUCUGAAAUGGACCCCAUGAAUUAUCUCCCCUUCGGUCAUGGUCCACGUCAGUGUUUGGGAAUGAGGCUUGCACAGAUGGAGAUGAAGAUGGCCCUGGCUCGAAUUCUCAGACAGAUUCAAUUUGUGCCUGCACAUGACACAUUGGCAUCUAUCAGAGAAGAGGACGUCGAUGUAAACACAGGAAUAUUCAACACCAAGAAGCCUAUCAUGCUCAGGGUCCAAGUCCGUUCAGACGAGUAAGAUGGCAAAGACCCAGUGUUCUCAGAGCCUGACAGCGCCGACAUCCGCAUCAUCCAGUGUAUUACCUCCAUUGUGUUACAUUAAAACCAGGGACCAUUUCACCAACGUGGCUUCGUUUUUAGUGCCAAGCUAAAUGGCUACCCAAUUAAAUGACAUUUUUUUAAUUCAUUGAAACAAGACGCGACCAUCUUUUAUACAUGUUAACACCUGGUUGCAAGCAACUUAAUUCCUUCUAGCCGUCUAAAUAUUGAACAAAACAGUUUUUUUCCAAUUCAUGUACAACAGCGUUCGGUGUGGGCUAAAUGAACUGAAGAGCAUGUGUAAGCCCGAAUAUAGAUCUUUGCCAAACUUUGUUCAGAAGAGUGACUUUCAUUACGCUCAGGAGCGAGAGACAUUCUAUGCUAGGCUGGUGGUAAAUACAUGGUACUGGUGGCAUUACUCAAAAGAUGUUGUCUCACAUUUUUUUAUAUUUCCGUAGAUAUUUUGUCAUCCGUUUAUAAUACCUAACAGAGAGAAUGUAUUCCGUCGGGGAUUAACAACCCUUGACUUAACUUGUACACGCGAUGUUAUAAUCCACGUUCAAUAUCCAGCACAUGUAUCAGUAAGGCACUGAGUCUGGUAUCUGUCUGUGUCUCAAAAGUAGGCCCAUACUUGAGAAAUGAUAAUGAUACGUCAAAUUCGGUUUGGUAGCAUGGAUUGUAUAUAUAUUU